AAAACAUUUUGCUAUCUUACAUAAAAAAUAUGGGGAAAUUCUCAGCUUUGAUGAUAAUCAUAGCCUUUUUCCUUCUUUUUGUCAUUCAAACUCUCGAAGUUGUUAAUGGCCAGUGUUACGGAAGCUUAGCCGGCAACAGCAGCUACGCUCAGAAUCGCCAAAAUCUCUUCUCUACUCUUUCCAAUAAAGUCCUCACUCACGGCGGAUUCUACAACGCUUCAUUCGGCCAAUAUCCAAACAAGGUUUAUGCUCUUGGACUCUGCGCAAGAGGCUACGAGCCAAAAGCUUGUUCCAAUUGUGUCGAAAAAUUGACCUUUGAAACACAAAAGAAUUGUCCAACCACCAUGGACUCGUUCGUUUGGGGCAGUGACGAAGAAGAGCGUGUUUCUUGUCUCGUACGUUCCUCAAACCACUCUUUUGGGAACCUCGAGCUUGAACCUCCUGUUAUCGGGGUAAGUCCAGAUCAUAUCGGGCCAUUGAUAAAUAUCACCCUGUUCAUGCUACAAUGGGAAUACACGGUAAAUAAGACCCUCCAGGCUGCCACAAAAGCUAAUACUUCCGUGGCACAUAAGUAUUAUAGUGCCUCACACGCAGAGUUCACAGCAUUUCCGAAUGUUUACAUGCUGAUGCAAUGCACACCCGACAUAACUUCCCAUGAUUGCAAUCAAUGUUUGGAAGCUUGUCUGAAAUACUUUAGAGAACAGUUUCGGGGAAGAACAGGGGGCAUGAUUAGUUUUCCGAGCUGUUUUUUCAGGUGGGAUCUGUAUACUUUCCAUAAUGCUUUUGUUAAUGUAACAAGAUUUCCUGCACUUCCUAUACAUCAGGACAAGGAGAUCUCUACGCCAGAUAAGAAAGGAAGAAGCAUGCUAUGGGUAAUUAUCACGAUAAUUGUGGUUCUUACUUUCAUUAAUGUUUUGGUAUUUAUUGGUUUCUACAAAGUCAAUGCUCGGAAGAGAAAAAUAAACAACGAAAAAAAUGUUGGUGGUGCAGAAUACUCUGAUUCAGAUGGUCAAUUUAUGUUACGGUAUGAUCUUGGUAUGAUCUUAUCGGCAACGGAUGACUUUUCGUCUGAAAAUAAGCUUGGGCAAGGUGGAUUUGGUACGGUAUACAAGGGGAAACUACUUAAUGGGAAAGAUAUAGCGGUGAAGAGAUUAGCAAGAGGUUCAGAAGGUGGUAUAGAGUUUAAGAAUGAGGUUUCACUUUUGACAAGACUCCAGCAUAAGAAUCUGGUUAAGCUUCUUGGUUUCUGUAACGAAGGAGACGAAGAGAUUCUUGUCUACGAGUUUGUCCCCCACUCAAGUCUUGACCGCUUUAUCUUCGAUGAGGGAAAGCGUUCGCUUCUUACAUGGGAAGUGAGGUUUAAAAUUAUAGAAGGCAUUGCGCGAGGUCUUGUUUAUCUCCAUGAAGAUUCUCAGCUGAAGAUUAUUCACCGAGACUUGAAAGCAAGCAACAUCCUUCUUGAUGCAGAGAUGAACCCGAAAGUUGCAGAUUUUGGGACAGCUAGGCUGUUUGACACCGACGAGACUCGAGCUGAAACAAAACGAAUAGCUGGAACCCGUGGAUAUAUGGCUCCCGAAUACCUGAAUCACGGGCAAAUCUCAGCUAAAUCUGAUGUAUAUAGUUUUGGUGUUGUGCUUCUGGAACUGAUAAGUGGUCAAAGAAAUAACAGCUUUGGAGAAGGAAUUGCAGCUUUUGCAUGGAAGAGAUGGUCUGAAGGAAAGCCUGAGGUUAUAAUUGAUCCUUUAUUGGUAGAAAAUCCGAGUGUCCAGAUAAUUAAGUUGAUCCAGACUGGUUUGUUAUGUGUUCAAGAGGAUGCAACAAAGAGACCAACCAUGAGCUCUGUAAUGGUUUGGCUUGGCAGUGAGACCAUCACCAUUCCAUCACCUAAGGCUCCUGCUUUCACAGAGAGUUAUUCUCAAUCUGAAGAUGGUACAAUGUCCAUGAGCAUUGUCUUCACGGAGUUGAGUUCUCGUUGAGAUAUAAAUUGUUAAUUUAUAUGUUGUUUUAAGGUGUAAUAAAUAUUCUACUUGUACUUAACUGAAAAAGAGAUCGUAUUAUAAUGUAUGAAUAAAUACACAAUCCCAAGUUCGUGAAACCUCUACAGAGAAUA